AUGAAUGAGAGGUUCGCCAGAUUCUACACUGAAUCUCUAUCAGAUCAUGACAUUUACCAUUCUCUUUUGUUCUCCUUCCUAUUCUUUUCAUCAUUUCCUUUCUUACUUUGUCCUUUUUCUUUCUUCCUUCCUUCCUUUUUCUUUCCUAUUUGCUACCUUUAUCUUACUUCCUUUCUUUCUUACUUCCUUCCCUUUUAUUCCUCUUUCUUACUCACUUCGUUUUUCUUUUUCUUUCUCUUUUCUCUUUCUUACUUCUUUUUCUUUUAUUUUUCUUUCUUUCCUCUUUCCCACUUCUCAAUUACUUCCUUUUUUUCUUUUUUACUUAAUUUCUUUCUUAGCCCCUGCUUUUCUUUUUUUGUCUCUUUUUUUCUUUCUUUCUAUGAAUUCUUAUACAAUUUAACUGUAAUAUUAUACUUCGACAUUACAUUUGUUUGUUUAAAUAAAAAAUCUCCGUUUCUUUCUCCCUCCAUUCCUUCUCCCUCUUUUUUUUCUUUCUCUCUAACUUUCUUGGGUUUUUUUUGUGCCUUUAUUUCUCUCUCUUUUUCUUCUCUCUUCCUUUUUUUUCUUCACCCUUUUCUUUUCUUUCUUUUUCUUUUUCCUCCCCUUUUUUCUUCCUUUUCACCCUCCUUGUUUAUUUUUUUUCUUUUUCCCCUCCUCCUUUUUCAUCCGUCCUUUUUUUUCCGCAUUUUUCAUACUUUCCUACUCAUUUCUUUUCCUUCCUUUUCUUCUACUUUUUCUAUCUUCUUUUUCUUCCUUUUCUUUCUUUUCCUUUUUUUCUACUUCUUUUUUUCCUGCCUUUCCAUUCAUUUUCAUCCUCUUUUUCUUUCAGCCUUUUCUUUUUUCCUCGUUUUUUCAUACUUUUCUCCUCAUUUCUUUUUUUUUUCGUUUUUUUCCUCCAUUUUUCUUUCGUCCUUUUCCUUUUUUUCACAAUUUCCUCCUCAUUUCUUUCUUUUUACCUCUUCUUCUUUCUUUUCUUUUUCGUUUUUUUCCUCCUCCUUUUUUGUUCCUUUUCCUUCUUGUCCUCUUCGUUUUGAUUAUUUUCCUAUUUUCUUCCUUUUCUUUUUCCUUUUCCAUUUUUCUUCCUUUUUGCUUUUCUUUCUUUUUUACCUUCUUUUUCUGCCUUUUCUUUUUUUCCCCUCUUUUUCGUUUCCUUUUGUUUUUCCUCCUCUUUUUUCUUUCUUCCUCCUUUUUUACAUUCGUUCCUCCUUAUUUCUUUCCCUUUUUUACAUUCUCUCCCUCCUCCUUCUCUAA